AUGCUGAGCCUGAAGACAAUUUUGCUGUUUUUGUGCCUCGCCGUCCUCUCCUUCGCCUUGGGCGCCGACAAAAACCUCGAGGUUUUGGUCAUUUCACAUUUAGCGAUCAAUAGAAAUCCAGUCCGCGGCUUGAACACUUUGGUUGAAAACUUUGUUUUCUCGAAGUCGCUCGUCGGCUUGAGCCUGAUAAAGGGCGAUUUUUCUACUUUUCUACAAAAUGCCGCACGCGCAAGUAGCUUCGAGCAGAAUUAUCCUAUGAAAACGAAAGACGUAAAAUAUUUGAAUCUUUGAAAUUCAGGACCGAGAAACGGUGGAUGAUGGAGUUUUUGAAGACGGAUAUGUCGACAACUUCAAUCGCGCUGCACGGUGAGCUUCAGAAGUUCUUCAGCAGGCCUGACGUCUUCUGUUUCAGGUCAGGCAAGCCGACGUUCAUCCGAUUCGGGAAACGAGCCGGACCUUCCUUCAUCCGCUUCGGUCGCGCCCAGCCUUCUUUCAUCCGCUUUGGCCGCAACGUCGAGUAA